AUGGCCUUGAGCACCCAAAGAGCCUCUACAUCUCGCACUUCAGCUGAAUGGGCUCCUCCCCAUUGGAAGCAUGAUGUCUUUUUGAGUUUCAGGGGUGAAGACACUCGCAGCGGUUUUCUAUCCCAUUUAUACCAUGAACUGCAGUACUGGCAAGCAAUUAAAACUUUCAAGGACGACCGAGACCUUGAAAAAGGAGCAAGUAUUUCUCCGGAGUUGUUGACCGCAAUCGAACAAUCACAUCUUGCCAUCAUUGUUCUCUCCCCAAAUUACGCUUCUUCCACCUGGUGCUUGAAUGAACUUUCCAAGAUUCUUGAAUGCAUGCAAGACACCAUGAGAAUUCUUCCAAUCUUUUAUCACGUGGAUCCUUCUGAUGUACGAAACCAAUGGGGUAGUUUUGCGGAAGCCUUCACUAAACAUGAAGAAAAGUUCAGUGAAGAUGUAGACAAGGUGAAGCGGUGGAGAGAUGCUUUAAAAGAAGUUGCCAAUCUCUCUGGGUUGGAUUCAAAGAAUUAUCAGUCGGAAGCAGAGCUUAUUAAACACAUUGUCAAAUGUGUGUUUAGGAAAGUGCAUCCAACGUUCAUGUUGUCAGGUUCUCUUGACAAGUUAGUCGGAAUUGAUUCUGCACUUGAGCAACUACAUUUGCAAUUAGCUCCCAAAGAUAAUGAAGUUCGCUUUAUAGGGAUAUGGGGGAUGGGCGGGGUAGGCAAAACAACCCUUGCUAAGCUAGUUUUCGAGAGAAUUUCCCAUCAUUUUGAACUUAGCUGGUUUCUAUCUAAUGUGAGAGAGGUUUGUGGAAAACAAGGUGGUCUAGUUAAUCUACAAAGACAGAUUCUUUUCCCAAUCUUGAAAGAAAAUGUUGCCAAUGUUUGGGAUGAAGGAGCCGGAACCUUUUUCAUUCAGAACCGUUUAUGGAAUAAAAAGGUUCUUCUCGUGCUUGAUGAUGUGGAUCAACUAAACCAACUAGAAAAACUGGUUGGAAAUAAAAAAUGGUUCGGUGUGGGGAGUAGAAUUAUCAUCACAACUAGGGAUGAGCGUCUACUAGUUGAGCAUGGUAUAGAGAAACUGUAUAAGGUCGUUGUAUUAAAGGAUGAUAAAGCUCUUGAGCUCUUUUGUCGACAUGCCUUUAAGAAAGAUAAGCCUGAGGAAGGUUUUCAGGAACUGUCUCGGCAUUUCCUAGAUUAUGCUAAAGGCCUUCCAUUAGCUCUUAAAACUUUGGGGCGUGCUUUGUUUGGGAGAGAUCAAAAUGCGUGGAAGAGUGUGUUGCAUAAUCUAAACAAAAUUCCUGAUCCAAAUAUUUUUAAUUCACUCAAAGUAAGUUAUUAUGGAUUAAAAGAGAUGGAGAAGAAAAUUUUUCUGCAUGUUGCGUGUCUCCAUAGAGGGAGGGAUAAAGAGCAAGUAAUUGAAAUACUAGACUGUAUCCUUGACAUUUCCAGUCAUAUUGAGAUAGAUAUUCUUAUUGAGAAAUCUCUCUUAACUAUUGAGAAAAGCCACUUUCGUAGCAACAUUGUUGAGAUGCAUGAUUUGAUACAAGAAAUGGCAUGGAAAAUUGUUCGUGAAGAGUCUCCCGAGCCUGGUGAACGCAGUCUUUUGUGGUAUCACAACGACAUUUCUCAUGUAUUCACGAACAAUACGGGAACGGGAGCAAUUGAAGGUAUAGUCUUACGUCUGCCCCAAUCAGAACUGGUUGACUGGAAUUGUAUUGAAGCCUUCAAUGAGAUGCACAGGUUAAGGCUCCUUGACUUUUAUAAUGUGAUGUUUUCUUCAGGCCCUAAAUUUCUUCCAAAUUCCUUAAGAAUUAUCCAUUGGAGUUCGUAUCCUUCCAAAUCGCUCCCAUCAUGUUUCAAACCACAUUUGCUUUCUAAACUAGAAAUGUGGAAUAGCAAACUUGUCCGGCUUUGGGAUGGAGCAAAGGAUUUUCCGAAUUUGAAAUAUAUGGAUCUUAGUUACUCUGAUAAAUUGACUAAUAUCCCAGAUUUCACACGCAUUCCAAAUCUUGAGGAAUUGAAUCUGGAAGGUUGUAAGAAAUUAAGCGAGGUUCACUCGUCGAUUGCAGUUCACAAAAAGCUGAAGGUUUUAAUACUUGAUGAAUGUAAGAGUAUUAAGAGUCUCCCAAGUGCGUUGGAAAUGGAUUCUCUUGAACAUUUUUCUCUUUGGGGCUGCUCAAAAGUGAAAAAGAUUCCAGAAUUUGGGGAACAUAUGCAGAACUUGAAAAUGAUUAAUCCCUGUGAGACUGCUAUCGAGCAAAUACCUUCAUCAAUUGAACAUCUAGUUGGCCUUGAUUAUCUAAAUAUAAGUGAUUGCAAAAGUCUCUUGGGUCUACCGAGUGCGAUGUGCAAUUUGAAGUCUCUUAAAACCCUCUGUGUGAAAAGAUGCUCAAAACUUGAUAAACUGCCAGGGGAUAUGGAGUUUUUAGAGGAGCUUAAUUUAAGUGGAAGUGCUAUGAGAGAGCCGCUUGUUGCUAUGAAAAAUCUCAAAAGUCUAACCCUUAGUGGAUUAGUUACUUCAAGGGAUGGCAUUUGGUGUGGCCUUGACUGGUUAUUUGGAAUUAGAAAGAGUGUUGACCCUGACCCUUGGGGUUUGGUGUUGUCUUCUCUAAAUCGUUUAGGGUCUUUGACGAAAUUAGAUCUGAGUGAUUGUAAUAUUGGUGAAGGAGCCAUUCCAGAUGAUAUCGGCUGCUUGUCUUCUUUAAAAGAGUUGGAUCUUAGUGGAAACAAUUUCGUUAGCCUUCCCUCAAGCAUUAGAUUCCUUUCUGAGCUUCUGUCUCUUCAAUUGGAGAGGUGCAAAAGGCUUGAGCAAUUGCCUGAUCUUCCGCCAAAGAGAUCCUCAUUAUUUGUACGUGUAGACGACUGUACUUCCUUAAAAAGGCUGUCAGAUCCAUCAAAGUUGAGCGAAGGAGCCAAUGUGUAUGAUUUUAUGUUUAGUUGUCUUAAUUGCUUCAGAUUGGUUGAAGAAGGAGGCUGGAUUAAUAGAAUAUUUGCAAUGAUAUUGAAAAACGCCACAGUGGUAAGGUAUCCUGAUGACGGUAUUGUAUGGCCUGGAAGUGAAAUUCCAGAUUGGUUCGAUAAUCGAAGUGUGGGACAUUCAAUAAUCGUGGAGCCGCCUCUACCUCCACAAACAUGGAGUGACUGGGUUGGGAUUGCUUUAUGUGUUGUUUUUGAAGAUUCUAAUAAAUAUUUGGAAAAUCCAGCCUAUGCUCUUUUACAUGUAGUUUCGCAGGGAUGGCAUAAGAAGAUUGAAGUCGGGUGUGUUGAGUCACAACACCUUUGGGUUUUCUAUUUGCCUCGCAAUGAUCGCUGGCUCAAGGAUGCCUCAAGUCAUCGGUUUUCAAUCACAGGGAGUUAUUCAAUCAGACCUGUGAACGAAAGAUUCAAAAUAAGCUCGAUUGUAAAGAAAUAUGGGGCCCGUUUGGUGUACCAGAGAGAUUUGGAAGAAUUCAGCCGAAUUCUGAAAAUCCCGAAGCCAGCAGCACUACAUGCAUCCGGUGACGAGGAGGCAGGCCCAAUUGGUAGUAGUGGAAGUGGUAGCUCUGAUGACCACGAUGAACCAGGAAUUUGUUGCUCUAAUGACGACAAUGAACAAGGAAUUGGUAGCUAUGAAAAUGAACCAGGAAGUUAUAGCUCUGAUGACGACGAUGAACCAAUCAGCAAAAGAUUCAACAAAGUCUAA